GGACGGAGGGGACGAACGUGAAUUUCGCGUGGGCGCUGGCGGGAAGAGCGACGGUCGCCCUCCUGCCGUGCGUAUUGCGCGCGCCCACGCACGUAUCUGCACGCCUUCGGAGCUGGCUGCGCGACGUUCAGCGCUCACGUCGCGCGCCAUUUCGCCUCAUCACGCUUGUGCUGCUGCUCCGCCUGCCUACGUACUGUAGGAUGUCUCUCGAUCAGGCUGAUGGCCUGCUCCUGUCGGCUACUCGGUUUGUCCAAGAGAGACUCAUUGCGAAUCCCACUGAUGGAUUGUGGGCGGGAGCAGUUGUGGGGGCCAUUGUCUUGAUCAUUCCCUCGCUGGCACGGAGAUGGCGCCACGUAGAGAUCACCAACAUGCCCCGCCUUUGGAGUCAUUGGGGUGGGGGUCUCUCCGGAAAAGAGUUGGGAAACAAGUGGAAGGAGUAUGAUGGGUCCUAUCAAGCGAAUACAGAAGAAGAAGGCAUAGCCGAGAAGUCCAUGGCACCCCAGUUGGCUGACACUUUCUACAAUUUGGUUACCGAUAUAUACGAAUGGGGCUAUGGCCAGAGCUUCAAUCUCCACCCUUUCAUUCCGGGGAAGGGCCACACAGAUGCAGCACGCAUUUUUGAAGAGGGCCUAGCCGACCACCUCAAACUGAAGCCGGGCAUGAAGGUUUUGGAUGUUGGAUGUGGAAUUGGAGGGCCCAUGCGAAACAUUGCACGAUACACACAGGCAAAUGUUGUGGGCAUCACCAUCAAUCAGUAUCAGAUUGACAGGGCGAACGUACUGAACAAGAAAUCCAAGUUGGAUCACCUCUGCUCCCUUGUGCAAGGAGAUUUCCUGAGCAUGCCUUUUGAGGAUGCCACUUUCGAUGCAGCGUACUCAAUACAGGCCACAUGCCACGCACCAAAGUUGAAGGAUGUCUAUGGGCAGAUCUUCCGCGUGUUGAAGCCCGGAGGGUUGUUCGUCAGUAGCGAGUGGGUAACUACGCCGAAGUACGACCGUAACAACAAAGACCAUGUCAGGAUCGUAAACUCAAUCUGCUACUCGAAUGCACUGCCAGAAGCGCAUUCGUACCUUGGGGCCGAAGAAGAUGCAAAGGCUGUUGGAUUUGAGGUAGUGGUCAACAAGGAUCUGGAGCUUUAUGCCGAGAACCCGUGGUGGACUCGUAUAAAGAUGAGCCGGUUUACGUAUGUGCGGAAUUCCAUCUUGGUCUCGGUGUUUAGCGCAUUGAGAAUAGCUCCGGCUGAGAUGAAAGAUGUACACCGCGUGCUCAUGGAAGCAAUCGACUCGCUGAUUGCCGGUGGAGAGUUGGCCAUUUACACGCCCAUUCAGCUUAUCGUCUUGCGGAAGCCUCUCACCAGCAAUGCCGCCGCGGUAGAAUCCGAAGCACACUAGAGAGUUCUGGAGCUAGUGCUGACAGACGGAAGGAAGAGAGUCGAGAGAAAUGGAAGGAAACAAAAUAGACAGGAAGAAAGGAAGGGAAACAAAAAAGAGAAAAGGAAGCAAUGAAAAGGAAAGCAAAAAGGAAGCAAAAAGAGAACGUAAGGAAGGAAGGAAGGAAGGAAGAUGCUGGCUCUUGUGACUCUUGUCGGUGAGAUGAAUCAUCUUCUCCUCUCUCCAUAAGAUUGCUGUGUGCUGGCCGGAUGUACAUCCGGAAUUGACAUCGUUCGGGAUGUCAGCGUAUUUUCUUUCACUGGGCUGUUUGCCCCGAUGCAUCAGGCAGGUUCAUAUAUAUUAUAUGGGCGUCGUCUCCAUAUCUGCCAUUGUGAAGAGGGUUGCCGACAGGAGCACGCUGAGUAGCCUACGUGUUGCGGAUUCUCAGAUCUUGCAGACUGGACGACAGAACUCUCCUCCCCUCCCAUCGAGAUGUUUGCUGCGGUUCUCUUUCCUCCCCACACUGCAAAGUCUUCGUUUUUGAACGUUUGGCUGCUCUGUGCCUUGCAUGUCUGGUGACUUUUUGAGUGUGGGAACCACUAACUCUCACUACGGCUGGUGUUGACAAGCUGUGCAAAAGCGCUUGACCCCAGGGCUCAAAUUGUCCUUGCCCGGACUCGUUGGCAAGGCUGGCGUACUUGGCCAUUGUGGCCAUGAGGAGGGCUAUUUUUGAAGACAGAACAGCAAAAAGGAUUUAAAGGAGGCUUGGGAGCGUGUUGAGGAAUUUUCAACACUGCAGCAGAAGACUCAGCAAGUGGGGGAACUACUACUGUAUCAGCGAUACCUUUGCGGUAGGGUUCUGGACAACAAAGCCCCUCUUCUCCCUGUUUUUUGGUUUCGACUUUCGACCUUUUUGUGGACUGGAUGUCAGAUGUGUUUAUCAUAUUUUAGGGUUUAAGAAGUUUAAGGGCGAAUUUGUUUUUUCGCAGCUAAGUUAGGCUACCUUAAAGAGGAUUGUGCUGCUGCUGAUAUAUAGCGUAUUCUGCUCAUCCCAUUUAAAAUGGCAUUCAUACGUGAAGGUAGAGGCAAUCAGUUGCCAUACAGGUGGAGGACUAGGAGAACGUUUUUAAGGCAAGGUAUCUUGUCAUAGCCAUGUUCUUCUUCUUGGAUCAGACGUUCCGGAAGCUGGUCUUCAAGAAGACCUUUUCGCUACCCGAACUGAUCUUGUUUUAAUUAAAAGCGGGGAAGCCGUCAGGUUGCCAUCGACAGCGAAUGGAGGAUGUCCUUUGCGCAUUACGACCUUGGACCCUGCCUUGUCCGCCGUCCGCCGCUUUGAAUAGUGCAGCACUGCAGCAACUGGUUGUUGCGAACUUCAACUUCUCAGCCUGCAAAGGAAGUCUCCUCGUCAAUCUGAUGACUUUCAUGUCCUCCUACACUUUCAUGUCCUCCUAGACUUUCAUGCUCUAUCAUGAGCUCAUGCGGGAAAGGGACAGCGCUAUGAAUGUAACAUUACCUGUGUAAUGUGCAUGUCAGCAGCAUUCGUAUUCCUACAUGACGGAGAUGCGUUUCAGUGCAACGCUUUACACGACACUGACACGAUUCUCCGACAACAUUUUGGAAGCUCACUUACCUUAUAACCUCUAAUUUCCUCUCUAGCCACCAGCUCCAUGUCUGUCUUUUGCUGCAUCAGUAACCUUAAGGACCCCCUCUUAAUCACAACCUCCUCCCCCUGCUCUGCACUUCAGCAGGCCUAUGACAUGCUGUCCUGGAAGUUUGCUUGCCUGUGAGCUGAGGGUAUGCAUCUCUCCUUUCUCCCGGGGGGGCAACAAGCACGUGGAAGUGGGCACUGACUUAGGCUUGGUCUAACUCAGGUCAGGAGGGCCUGCAACACUCUGACAGAGACCGAAAAGGGUUUGUUUGGUGCACGGGGUGCCAUUCUGCCGUUGUUGGUGCAAUGGAAUGCUGGCCUUUUUGUCUCUGUCUGUAUUUUGGGGGUAUUAUUAAGUGCAUUUGACAUCUAUGGUGUUCAAAUCUUUGAAACACUUGUGUUGCUUUCUCCCUGUGGGGUGUCUGUUAUAGGUGCCCCUGGAUAUACUAGCUCCUUAUGGACACUGCUUUUGUGGUUGUUGGGAUGGGACCUUAUAGUUAUAGGAGGGAAAGAUAACCGCUUUUGGAUGCUCAAUUGGAGAAGGAUGUUCUUUUUGUAAGAUUUCACGGAUGGCUAGCUGUCUUGCAGAUGUCUCGAGAGUCGAAACCAUACUUCCUGUUUGACAUGCCUUUUUUCCAAUCAAGUCCCCACCUUUCC